UUUCUACCUCACCGGCGAAAGUUGCAGCUAGGCGUAGACGAGGAGCCAUGGCGGAGGCGAACCAAAAUACGAACCCGAAUCCAGCCCCUAGCGGCGGCGAAGCUCCACCGAAUGUGACUAUUUACAUCAACAACCUCAAUGAAAAAAUCAAGCUAGAAGAGCUGAAGAAAUCGAUGCACGCUGUGUUCUCACAGUUUGGUAAGAUACUUGAGGUUUUAGCAUUCAAAACCCUAAAGCAUAAAGGACAGGCGUGGGUAGUGUUUGAGGAGGUUUCUUCUGCUAGCAAUGCACUUCGCCAGAUGCAGGGUUUUCCUUUCUACGACAAGCCUAUGAGAAUACAAUAUGCAAAGACGAAAUCUGAUGUUGUAGCAAAAGCUGAUGGUACUUUUGUUCCCCGAGAAAAAAGAAAGAGGCAUGAGGAUAAAGGGAGAAAGAAAAAGGACCAGCAAGAUUCUAAUCAAGCUGGAAUGGGUCUGAAUCCUGCGUAUGCUGGUGCUUAUGGUGCAGCACCUCCUUUCUCACAAAUACCAUACAUGGGUGGAGCUAAAGCUGCAGUACCGGAGGCUCCUGCUCCUCCAAAUAGCAUAUUGUUUGUGCAGAAUCUUCCUCACCAGUCUACUCCAAUGAUGCUACAAAUGCUCUUCUGCCAAUAUCCAGGUUUCAAGGAAGUUAGGAUGGUUGAGGCAAAGCCUGGAAUUGCUUUCAUAGAAUAUGGAGAUGAGAUGCAAUCCACUGUUGCUAUGCAAGCCCUGCAAGGAUUCAAAAUUACCGCCGAGAAUCCCAUGUUGAUUACAUAUGCAAAGAAGUAGAUAAGACUAUAUUUUAGCUGCUGUCUGUAGAAUUAAACAUCAACUUUCAACUAGGAUUUGAGUGUUGCAAUUUUAAGCUUUAUGAUCCUUGGUUAUCUAAGUUUAGCCGUGUAUUUGCUGUGUACUAGCAGCACCUUGUAAUUUUGAUGUGCUUCUAUAGACCAUUUACCAUUUUUAUGAA